CCUCUGAAAGCAAUCCAGUCCUUUGGGAAAGACUCAUCAGCAACUGAAUGAUAGAGAAGAAGACCUGAUCAGUGCAGGAAAAUGGGUGAAAGAAGAGAGAACUUCCUGCUGGGAUCACAACCCAGUGCAGAAGGAGCUGACAACGAUCUCUUCUGAGGAACGCUAGCACUGUGAUCUCGGUUCCCUCCUGACCAGUUUGCUCUCAGGAGUCUGCAAGCGCGUAGCAAAAGUCAUCUCCUCUCAGCAUCAGGGCCCAAGGGAUAUGUCGUCGGCAUCCUUGUGUGCGCUAGUUCUCUUUUUCUUGCCGGUUCUUGCAACCCACGCUUCCAAGGCCUGCCCCCAGGGAUGCUUCUGCUAUGAAUCCUCCAGUUUUGUGGACUGCCAUGGUCGGCAUCUGUCCCACAUUCCCCAUGCUAUCCCACAUAACACAUGGAUGUUGGACCUGAGGCACAACAACUUGAGUGGUCUUGAGGGAGGCUGCUUCGACGCUCUGUGGUCCAUGAAGAUCCUCCUCCUGUCCCACAAUUCUCUCACCCGCAUUUGGCCCAGAGCCUUCAAGUCCCUGAACUUCCUAGAGAAGAUGGACCUCAGCCACAAUCGACUUGCCCGCCUGCCACAUGACUUCUCAGAUGACUUGACGUCCCUCAAGGACCUCAAAGUGGCUCACAAUUAUUUGGUAGCUUUGGGUUUCGAAAGCCUUCAGUUUCUGGAGAACUUGGAGAAGUUGGAUCUCAGCUACAAUCGAGUGACGUCCAUUGAGAGGGGGACUUUCCGAGGCCUGUCCAGACUCCGCCACCUCUACCUCCAGUCCAACCGACUUGCGGUGGUCCACAAUGGCUUCUUUUUCAUGCUCCAAAACCUGGAAGUCCUUUUGCUUAGCAACAACAACAUCAGUUCUAUUGAGGUGCAGGCAUUCACCUCAUUGCACAAUAUGAAUCUUCUGGGAUUGACAGGCAACCAGCUCAUCCACCUCAAAUUCAAGACUUUUCUGAAUAUCCAGACCAUCAGCACCCACAUCCAGCUUGCAGGCAACCAGUGGGCCUGCGACUGUGACCUCCAGCGGGUAUUUGGCAAGAUCAUGAGCGUCCGACAUCUCCAUGUGGAUGACUAUGAGAAUAUCACUUGUGCUAGCCCCUGGCAACUUGCUGGUUCCCUCCUCAUUUCGGUGGACAACCAGUUGUGUGUGGCAGAGACAGCCACUGUCCUUGUGAUCACUGUCACGGUCCUCGUGACAGUGAUUGCUGCCAUCGUAAUGGCAGAAAGGAACCGGAAGAAGAACCAGGAGAAGAACUGGAAUGAGUCGGAAGGUCCUUUUGACCCACAGGAGAAAUGAACCAGAGAAGUAGGGUGGGUGAGGGGUGGGAGGGGUAGUUAAAUUAUUUUCAUAUGGACUUUUGGGCUUUCUGCUUUGCUGUGAUCCAUAACCGUUGGUCUUUUGGGACCAUAUUUUUCCAAUUGCUCCAGGCAAAAGUGUGCGUUUGCUGGGGGAUUCUGGGAGCAUAAAUGACUACUGGGCUGGAUAGUCUGCCUCAGCCUUCCCCAACAUGGUACCGCCCACAUUGUUUUUGUUU